AUGUCCCCCUUCAACCUGCACCAUGGAGCUCCCCAGCCUGGCUCCUCGAGCCUCUUCCCGCCCCUAGGGGUCGCCGUCGCGCCGUCAUUCGCUUCCCUGCGUUCCCCGGCAAGACGCGCGUCAAGGCGCGGAAGGGGACAGGUCGGGGCAGUAUUUGGGGAAAGCGAGAGGCAAGCAGGGCGGGCUGGAUACGGAGCGCCCUAUGGCUUGAAGCUAGGGAGGACGCCCGAGACCCCCGGCAUCCUGGUCCUGGGGCGUGGGCCCUGGACGCCGGGCCUGGACGCCUCCAGCUCCCAGGCGGUGCUCGCGAGAAGCCUUCCUCCUGCCCUGACUGUGGAAAGCAUCUCAGCCAGAGCUCCGACCUGCUGCAGCGCCGUCAGAUUCAUGGGCCGUCAGCCCUGCAAGUGCGGGGCCUGCGGGAGGGGUUUUACUCAGAGUGCAUCCCUCCUCCAGCACCGGUGGGUCCACAGCGACUGGCGAGAGGCCUUGUCGCUGUCCCCAGUGCGGCAAGACCUGCUGUGUCCGCUCCAACUUCAUCAAGCACCAGCGAGUCCACUCAGGAGAAGCCAUUCGUCUGCGGGAGUGCGGCAAGGGCUUAGCGGCCAGCUCUGCUGCUGGCUGGCCAAAGCCCUGCGUCUGUCCCCAGGGCCAGCAAGUUUUUGGGGACCGGGGGAAGCUGAUCCGCCACCAGUGAAUUCACACAGGAGAGCGUCCUUCUGCUGCUGCAGUUGCGGUGACAGCGUCAGUGAAAAGACCUCCCUCUCCCAGCGUGUCCUCCCGCACCCAGGGGAGAAGCCCUGCAGGCGCGGAAUCGUGGAGAGCGUCAGCCUCGCACCCAGCUCAGUCGCCCCGGGCAGCACCUCCGGACUCCGGCCUUGUGGGAGCCCCGGGUCCUUCCUUCAACAUCUGCCCCCAUCCACACUCCUGCCUCGACUUCCCUUCCUUUAUCCUGUCCCCCUACUCAGUCUCCAGCCUCUGGUUCCCCGUUCCCUGCCCGCAGUGCCUGCAGUGCCUCCGGGAGGCCUGGAAGUUGCCCAGGUUCCGCCAACCACCCAGCUGGCAGCUCAGCAGGAGGGGGCGAAGGGGCCCAGAAGCUGUGCGAGUGCGGGACGGGACUCGCGGGAGGCGGUUCAGGCCCCAGGCUACCCUGAGCCAGCCCGGGAGGCCUCGCAGCACAGAGCAGCCUGACCGCUCUGCCAGGCCGGAGCCAGGCUUCGGCGACAGUGCCAAGCUCUUCCGCCGCCCUCAAACCCACACUGGAGAGGAGCCCUACCAGUGUUUCCGGUGUGGAAGGCCUCCAGCCAGAGGUCCAACCUGGCCCAACACUGUAGAACUAGCGUGCUGCAGCCCCGGGUGGACUGUGGAUCUGAGAUGCAGUCCCCUCCCUCCACACAGACCCGCUCAGGACGGCUCUUCUUGGAGGAAAAAUUAAACCUCUAG